CAGAAACCAGCGGCUCCACACUGGCAUCUCAGCAGCUCAGCCAAACACACCUUGAACUUCACCUGCUUCCAGCCCUCCAAGGAAGCCAGAGCAGGGCAGUAGACAAAUCUGGAUAAUGGAGCUCGACAGCACCCAGAUAAAACCUGAUCCCAGGUUUCCACCCAGCCUUUUCGAGUUGCUGAUAACCAACUACAGUGUUCCAGCUGAGUGCCUUUCUCAACCUCCCACUGCAGCCCAGCUCCUGAAGAAGCUGAACUCUGUGGAGAUGGCUAUCACAGGGAUCCUGACCCUAUUCACUGUGAGUUCUAUCAUCAUCUAUGUGGAGGAUGCCAUUUACCUGUACAAGAAUACACGCUGCCCCAUCAAAAAGAAGACUCUGAUUUGGAGCAGCUCUGCUCCCACGGUGGUGUCUAUAUUUUGCUGCUGUGGGCUCUGGAUCCCCCGUUCCCUAAUGUUCGUGGAGAUGGCUGUCACCUCGUAUUUUGCUAUUUGCUUUUAUUUGAUGAUGCUGGUCAUGGUGGAAGGCUUUGGGGGGAAGGAAGCAGUGCUGAGGACGCUGAAGGACGCGAAGAUGAUAGUCCACACUGGCCCUUGCUGCUGUUGCUGUCCCUGCUGUCCCCGCCUCAUCCUUACCAAGAGGAAGCUGAAGUUGCUAAUGCUGGGCUCGUUCCAAUAUGCCUUCUUCAAAAUGGUCUUUGUUUUGUUGGGCCUGUUGCUGGUACCUGAUGGCAUCUACAAUCCCGAAGAUAUCUCUGCAGGGAGCACAGCUCUUUGGAUGAACACUAUCCUUGGUGUGUCCACCUUACUGGCACUCUGGGCCCUGGGCAUCCUUUUCCGCCAGGCCAGGCUACACCUGCGCUCUCAGAACAUGGGAGGCAAAUUUGCUCUCUUUCAGGUGCUCGUUGUACUGACUGCCCUGCAACCCUCUAUCUUCUCGAUAUUGGCCAGUGUUGGACAGAUUGCUUGUUCUCCACCCUUUUCCUCCAAAAUCAGGUCCCAAGUUAUGAACUGCCACCUUCUAGUAGUAGAGACCUGUCUGAUGACCAUACUGACAAGAAUAUACUAUCGGAAGCGAGAUGAUAAGAUGGGGUUUGAACCUUUUUCUCUUGUGGAUACAUCCUCUGAAACCAACGCUUAAACAAAGACAAACUGGCUUCCCCAAAAGUCCAAAGGUCCUUCUUCACUACCCAGCUCUGACACGAGCAAGGGAAUUCUCAUUGUCAUUAUGCAGGUUGCAAAUAACUACAGAAAUUGUUGGAUAUUUUAACGAUAAAAGUGCUGAUGUGGUAAGGAAGAACAGAUUUUCUUUUAUUAAAAAAACUUUGAAAAUGGAAGUGGCAUGUGUGUGUACACAGAUAUCUCAAUCCAACCUAAAGUCAGAAUACAGAAUAAAGCCCAUUUGUACAUAAAAUGUUACUAUUGUGUGAAGGAAAUUAUUGAGGGGACUUUGAUCAUGAGGACAGAAUGGAAACUGGUGCCUCCUGUAGUCAGCCAGAAAAGCUAGCAAUUAAGAUAGGGGAUCACAAGGCAGGAGGGCAGGCCUGUCCUGUUCCCUGGGCUGCCCAGGCAAAGGAGAAAGGAGAUGGUUUUGAGGCAUGAGAGUGAGUGGGCAGAGAGAAAGUCUGAUAAACUGAGGCUUUAAGACUGAAUUUCUAUUUCUGGACUUCUGUAUUAAGGUGGGCUAGAAAGACCACAUGGCUGCUGGGGAACAACGAGCUAAAUGUAGUAAGCUAGAUUAGGGUAAAAACUUCUCAAAGUUUUCUACCUCCCCUCUC